AUGGUGCAGCUGUAUAAGUCACCAAAGAAAGCGAAAACAGAGGGCUGUGAUUUAGACAAGGAGAAAGCAGAGCAAGUUAUUGAUGAAAUGCCUGGAAUCCCGAUUGUUCCGACAGACACAGACAAAAAGCCCGGGGUUAUUUUUAUUCUCGAGAGGGCCUCUCUUGAAAUUGGUAAAGUUGGAAAGAGUUAUCAGCUUUUGAGUUCGGAUGAACAUGCGAAUUAUUUAAUGAAGAAUAAGAGAAACCCAGCAGAAUAUCAUCUAGAUUCUAGACAUUGCUUUUCAGAUGCUGGAGGAGGAGGACGGGGGUUGAGUCAAAGUGUUGGACCUUCCGGCUUCCAGUUUUCGCCACAACGUUGCUUCUUCAGUUCUGGACUUGAGGCGGUGCAGCUUCUUCAGUUCUUCCGUCUGGCCUUCUGCUUUGCCCUAUAUUGA